AUGACUACUAACGUGUUCAUCGAGUUGGUACAGAUGGCUUCGUAUGAUAUAGUCUUGUGGUUUUUUUCUCUUGUGGUACAUACUUUCUUCAGAGAUAUCAGACCACGAGGAACAUUUAACAUUCCCAGCCAGGGUCCCAUCGUAUUCGUCAUUGCACCUCACCACAACCAGUUUGUAGAUCCGCUUGUAGUCAUGGCCAAAGUAAAGGAGAACUCUGGAAGAAGAAUCUCGUACUUAGCAGCAAAUAAAUCUUACCAACGUAAGUUUAUAGGGACUGCUGCCAUGCUCUGCGGAGCAAUCCCUGUAGAAAGGGCCCAGGACUUGCUCAAACUCGCCCGAGGAACUAUUCGUCUCCAGAGUGCUGAAAAUAAGCUUCAAAUAGUUGGUGAAGGAACCCAAUUCACGAAGGAUUGUAUGCCCAAAGGGUUGUUGGGACUUCCUGAGUCAUUGGGUAACUGUCCUAUCAAAAGCAUCGAAGACGAUACACAUCUAACUUUGAAGGAACCGUUUGAGUCAGCAAACAAGAAACUUCAAGGGAGACUUGAAGAACUCCUUCUUGCUGGAACGAGGUUUAAGUCAGCGCCACAUGUAGACAAUCAUACUGUAUUCUACAAUGUAUUUAAUCAUCUCAACUCUGGUAAGGCCCUUGGUAUCUUUCCUGAGGGAGGAUCUCAUGACCGACCAGAUUUGUUACCGUUGAAACCCGGUGUUGCCAUCAUGGCUCUUGGAGCCGUUGCUUCGUUACUAAAAGAGGAUCCUGACGCGGAAGUAACACCAGUAGCUGUAGUUCCAGUAGGAUUGAACUACUUCCAUCCCAACAAAUUCAGAUCCAGAGUGGUCGUAGAAUUUGGAACCCCAAUCAUGGUGGACAAAGGUAUGGCCCAGAGCUACAUUGCCAAGUCCCGCGAUGCUGUCGCCAAGUUAUUGAGUAUGAUAUCCAUAGGUUUAAAGGAAGUGACAGUUACCUCUGAUGAUUACGACACGCUUAUGGUUUCACAAGCAGCAAGAAGAUUAUACACUUCAGGUGAUCGUAACACAAUUCCUUUACCUAUGGUUGUAGAAAUGAAUCGCAGAUUAAUCAAGGGUUAUGAGAAACACGCCAAAGACCCUGACGUAGUUGAACUAAGAGAAAAUGUCACAGAGUACAAUAGAAAGCUCAUGAUGAUGGGACUCCACGAUCAUCAAGUUGAGUCAUUGACAUCAUCAAAACGUCUUCGCUCGUUGAUAAUGUUUCUUGAAAGAUUCUUCAAGUUUGUACUCUUCUCAGGACUCAGUAUGCCAGGCGUAGUGAUGUUUAGCCCUGUGUUUAUUACAGCAAAGAAAAUCUCACGAAAGAAGGCUAAGGAAGCACUUGCAGGGUCAGUUGUGAAAAUUCAAGCCAAGGAUGUGAUAAGUACUUGGAAAAUUUUGGUGGCUCUCGUUCUAGCACCAAUAUUAUACAUUUUCUACUCUGUCAUUGGUACUAUCAUCAUUAUUAAAUUCAAGAUUGUAUCGACUGAUGUUUUCCCCAUUCCAAUAAUAUUUUUGUUUUGCUAUGGGUGGGCAUUGUUAACGACGUAUGCUUCCUUGAGAGUGGGCGAAAUAGGCGUGGAUUACUACAAAUCUUUGGCUCCUUUAUUUAUCUCGUUGACGAAUCGUCACAAGGAUGUCAUUCAGAUUGACGAACUUAAGAAGACGCGGAGAGAGUUGAGCAAGAAAGUUGAAGCGUUCUGCAACAAGUAUGGUCCUGACAUGUUU